GAAAGAUCUCGAAGAACCCUAAAAUAUGAAAGAAGCCCCAAAUGGUAAUGGUGGGAGGCUUAAAGGAAUGCGUGGAUCUCAUUCGAUCUUCCCGGACAGAGUCACAGGCUAGGGCGGCGCACGCGAGGAUUCUCCUCCUCCACCAGGGCAAUGCCAAGGGCUCGAUCGUCUUCCUCGAGAAUCUCUUGAUCCAGCUCCACGCGCGCUGCGGCCGCGUCGAUCUCGCGCACCAGAUCUUUCGCGAAAUCUCUGCCAAGAACUCCUUCUCGUGGUUCUUGAUGCUGUGCGCCUUCUCUCGCGCCGGGGAUCUGGCCAGCGCCAGGGCCGUUUUCGAUGAAUCGCCGGACAAGAGCUUACGAUCUUGGAACGCGAUGCUAGAUGCCUACUCCAGGGCAGGGGAUUUCGUGGGAUCGUGGUCGUUCUUCCACGCAAUGCCGGCAUGGGACGUGAUCUCCUUCACGACGAUCCUCGCGGUGGCACAGCGGCGGGAGAUUGUGGUGUUGCUGCUGGAAUCACUCCCGGAGGGCGAUUUGAUCGCGUGGAAUUCGGUGCUGGCGGCGGCAUCCAGGGCCCUGGAUCUGGAAUUCGCGAAGAACAUCUUCGAUCUCAUGGAAGAACGCGACAUCGUGUCCUACACAGCGCUUCUUGGCACGGCUGCCCAGAGCGGCCAUCUGGAUUGGGCAAAACAUCUCUUCUUCUCGAUGCCGGAGCACGACCUCGUCUUGAGCAACGAGCUCCUCCAAGAGUGUUCACGAUCAGGAUAUUUAGAAAUCUGUAGAGAAUUCCUAGCAGCGAUGCCGGUGUGGGACGCCAUCUCUUGGACUGCGAUCAUCAUAGCAAAUGCCCGGUUUUGGCAUCUAGAUCACGCGAUCAAUCUCUUUUGGGCAAUGCCGGAAAGAGAUCUCGCGGCCUCCACCGCGAUUCUCACGGCAAUAUCCCAGAGUGGUGACGAAGCUAGAGCGAAUUCGUGGUUUGAUCGCUUGCCCGAGCGAGACACGGUCUCGUGGAAUGCCAUGGCUCUCACAAUUGCCCAGAGUGGGGAUUCUUUCUCGGCAUUGCAGCUCCUCUAUCAAAUGGCGAUGGAGGGAUUCUUGCCCCGGAACUCCUCUUCUUGCUGCGUUCUUCUGGGCUCCAACCAUUCCGGCGAUCUCUCCUCUGGAAUUGGGUGCUUUAGAUCCUUGAUCCUGGACUACGAUCUAGCUCCAGCCAAGCGACACUACUCCUCCAUGGCCGAUCUUCUUGCGCGAUCUGGGCGAUUGAUCGAGGCGGAAGAGCUUCUCCAGACGAUGCCCUUUGUGCCAGAGACGAUGGACUGGCUGGGCUUGGUGGGAGCAUACAAGAGCCAUGAGAGGCUGAUCUGAGCCGUCCACGUGGCUGCUUUUCGCGCGUGGUUUUUGAUUUGAAUUUAGGGUUCUUGGGCAGGGCCAUGGCUGGGGCCAUGGCGUUGGGCGAUCUUGGGGCAGUGGAGCCGCAAGAGUUGCUCCCUUUUAUGAUGCAGUUGAAGGUCCUGACGAGAAAGAAGGGGCAGAGGGUAGUGCUGGGCCAGCAGUACAUGGGCGAAUUGCUCGAUUGCUUGGGGGACAGAUCUUUGCCAGCGGCGAUCGCAGCAGAGGGGGCGAAUGUUAUACUCAAUCUGUGCUAUGAGAGGCAGAAUGUGGAGCUCGUUCUAAACAACAAUGGCGCCGCGAUUCUGAUUGAGCUGCUCAUAUCCACGGAAGAAGAGCUCCAGGCCAACGCCGCUGGAGCGCUACAGAGCAUUUGCUUCCACCCAAAAGGCCGCCAGAUCGUGCGAACGCUGGGAGCAAUCGCGAUACUUGUCCAAUUGCUCUCGUCCAAAUCCCAGAGCCAAAAGUUUCUUUUCAGGUGAGAGCUCGAGCAACUGGCGCUUUGCACAACAUAAGCUCCGACGGCGAAGCCAUUCGCGAGAUUCGCAAGAAGGGUGGAAUCAAAUCACUCAUACGGCUGCUCCAGAGCCGGCAACUCGGCAUUUGCGGGUCAGCUGCCGGCGCUCUCCAAAACAUCUCGAGAGAGAUUGCGAGCAGGACGAUGAUCCGGAACAGCGACGCGAUGUUUUCCUUGGUCCAUUUGCUUGGCAGCUCCGAGCUUCAAACACAGGUUUGCGCCGCGGGAGCCCUGCUAAACUUGCUGGGGAGAGACUCACAUACCUGUUAUAAGAAACGGGCUAGCAUUGUGCGAGCAAUGAGAAAUAUCAUGCUGGCAAGCAUCGUUCAUAACAUUUUUUUCACUCAAGAGGUUAGAACUCUUUUUACUUCCCUCUCGCAACAAUAAACUUUCAAAGAAAAGGUGGCAUGCCCAUGGAAGGCUUUUGAUUGA